ACAUGAGGGUGAGUACUAAAUGACAUUAUUUUCAUUUUUUGGGUGAACUAAGCCUUUAAGCUUUCAAUUUAAAGGCAAACAAAAAUGAUGCAUUAACACAAUUCCCGCUCAGGUUCGAUGCACCAGUUUGUAUAGACUUGCACCAAUAAUUUUACCUUUAAAACUGUUCAGAAUAUUCAUCUCCUUUCCAUACUUCAAAUUCUUUCCCUGUGGCAGUCAAACCUAAUGGUUCAUUUAUAAUUCCACUCUGACCACAAUUCCCUCAAACCAUAUGACCCGUCACCAGUAACUCCAGGCAUUACAAGUAUCCUCCUGCUGCUGAGCGAUGUGUCUCAGUGUGUGUGUUGUCUAGCCACAGUGCAGCUAUUGUUGCUCUGUUACUAGGGAGCGUUUGGGUGUACUGACACUAAAGGCUGAGGGGUUACAGGGGGGCUGGGGUAUUUUUGACAGCCCAGCGGCAACAAUGUCCAGUCAGCUGGUCAGUGGGGACUGUGAGAGCAUUUGUUGUUUUGAACUUUGCACAUGCUGCCAUGUUUGCUGACACCAAGUAAUGUGAAUUGUUUGUUUGAUUUGGGGGAUUUUUUUCUUUUUCAACAUGGAUGUACGUUUUGGUUUCCUUUUUAAAAGUGGAAGAAAUGCAUAAGUAGGUGUGGAGCAUGUGGGCCAGCUGCUGCGGCUGGCUCUGUCUGGAUGAUUCCACUGUGGAGGAAACCAGAAGUAGCACACAACAUCAGGCCUUCACUAACUCUGGCUUCAGCAGUUACCCAUCUCCCCCUGCUCCAGAACACACGUGCAAGGCCUGCGGAGGUCGCUUUGACAGCCUCGCCAGGAAGCACAUGUGCAUGGACUGCAAGAAAAACUACUGCAGCCGGUGCUCCACUCAGCAGGACCUCCAGCCAUGGCUGUGCCACACUUGCCAUCGUUUCCGCGGCAUCUUGUUCGAGCGAGCCGAGCUGAUGAAACUCAAGGUGAAGGAUCUGAGGGAGUACCUCCACCUGCACGGGGUCCCCACGCAGAUGUGCCGCGAGAAGGAGGAGUUGGUCGAGCUGGUUCUUGGCCAACAGACACCUACAUCUGACACGCACAUUCCACCCCCAAUAACCACACGCUUAGACCCGCAGGAAGCCCCUAACACUCCAGUCAUUAUAGCGAGCCCGUCGGGGAACAACGGCAUAACGGAACUGGGACCUCCGAUUCAAACAACAGAAGAUGCACAGAGCUUGGCUGAGGCGACAGCUGAAAGCGAGAUGGACGAUGAGCUGCAGGUGGAGCAGGAGAUGCAGUCUUCAGACUCUGAAGAAGUGUUGGCUCCUGGGCGACGGGCGUCCCUCUCAGACCUCAGAUCAGUGGAUGAUAUUGAGGCUUUGAGUGUCCGGCAGUUGAAGGAGAUUCUGGCCAGGAACUUUGUGGACUACAAGGGCUGCUGUGAGAAAUGGGAACUGAUGGAGAGAGUCACGCGUCUCUACCACGACCAGAAGGACCUGCAGAACAUGGUGUCCACUGCUAUAGAAGGCACAGAUACUGGAUCUGGGACGGCCGUGGAGGAGAACCUGUGUAAGAUCUGCAUGGACUCGCCCAUCGACUGUGUUCUUUUGGAGUGCGGGCACAUGGUCACAUGCACAAAGUGCGGCAAGCGCAUGAGCGAAUGUCCCAUCUGCCGACAGUAUGUGGUGCGGGCAGUGCACGUGUUCAGAUCCUGAAUGACUUUCACAAAGCGCCGGGACAACCAGCAUCCCCCAGUCCUUCCCUCGAACGACGGAUAUUGAAUAAAACUGUCAGGUGGCCUUUCAUUCUUGGACUGUUGUCUUGAGGCACUUUAAAUGAUGGCAAAUAAGAUCUCUAAGCAAUAACUGUACUGGUUUCAGUUUCAGUUUCUACAAAGUGUGCCUUCUGGAUGUUUUGAAGAGGGAGCUUUAUUUUUGAUUGUGGGAUCCUGUCACAUGUUUGGGUUUCACAUGUGCAGAUGACACAAAUCAGUGCAGCAUAAAUGCCCAUUUCUGCCACUGCUCCUAUUAAUAAACUCUUAGAGGAUCAUAUGAUCGUGAACGGAGAGAGUGUCUUCUGAAAGUGCCUCGUAUGUCACUGCCCUGCUGCUUUUCACACACCUGUUGCUUUUCUACUUCUUCUUUUUAAUUCAUCUUUUCUUUUAGAACCCACAUAUUGGAUCUCAGGUUUAAUCUGCCACCAGCAUCCAGGCUGUAAAAAUGUACUAACAGGAAUUAAACUCGACACACAAGACUUGUGAGACCUGUCGAUUCAUCUCACGUGUGCGACAGCAAAUAGUCUAAAUUGCUGACAACUAUGGGUGUGGAACCUAGAAAAAGAGUCAUUGUUUGUUGAAACUGA